GCGCCGUCCGGGCCCGCGGCGGCGCGCAGGCCUGCCUCGGCGGGGGCGCUGCGGCCGAGCCGCAGCUUGGGCACCCGGCUCGCGGCGGCCACCGCGGCCGCGGCCCCGGCCCUCGACGGGGCAGCCGAGGAUCUCUAGAGGCUGAUGGCUGCCUCGUCCCAGCACCGGCACAAGGUGUCGUCGCUCCUGGCGUCCCAGAACCGCCUCCGCUGCGAGAACGCCGAGCUGCGCAGCCGCGACGAGGCCUGGCGCCGGGAGCCCGUGGGGCGCGGGGCGGCCAUGGCGAGGGCGGAGGCGGAGUUGAGGCGGCGGGAAGUGCAGAUCCAGGCGCUGCACGAGCACCUGGGCAGCCAGCACGCCCGCAAGGUCGUGGUGGAGGCGCUGAACGCCGGCCCCAAGCGCAUGCGCGCGACCACGCGCGAGGAGCUGCGAUGGCUGCUGGAGGACGGCCACGCGGAGCUGCGGACGCUCCGCGAGGAGCUCGCCCGGCUGGAGGCCGCCAGGGCCGCGGACGCCGCGGGCGCCGCGGGCGAGCCCGCCGCCGGCGCGGGCAGGGGCGCGCUCGGGCGGCCGAAGGAGAUAGCGGACCUCAAGCGGGAGGUGGAGUCCGCGAAGCAGCGGGUCGUGGAGCUGGAGCAGGUCCGCGAGGCCCACCGCGUGGACGUCCUGAGCCUGGAGCGCGCGCUGCGCGCUGGCCUCGCGCUCACCGAGCCCGAGCCCGAGGGGCCGGCGCUGCCCUGGGCCGGCGCAGCUUUGCUGGGCGGCGAGCCAGACGACGGGCUGCGCCAGCGGAUGCUGCGCCUGGACGGGGAGCUGUUGGAGCUCCAGAAGGCGAAGGUCGACCGCGAGCGCGAGGUCGUGCGCAGAGACGAGGCCUUGGCAGCGCUCGGCAGGGAGCUGGUGGCCGCGCAGGGCCGGGCGAGCGUCCAGCGCGAGCGGUGCGCCAAGGCCCAGCACGAGGAGGCCGUGGCCUUCCAGGCGGAGCUCAUGCGCGAGCGGAAGCGCCUGUUCGACGUCGAGAGGGAGAUCGGCAGCCUGAAGAGCAGGGCCAGCGCGCUGCGGGAGCAGCAGGGGGAAGCGGCGGAGGAGGCGGAGCGGAAGCUCAAGGAGCAGGAGGCCCGCGCCCCAGAGCGAGAGCAGAAGCGGAGGGACGAGGCGGAGGCGCAGCUCCGGGCGGAGGACAGGAGCCUCGACGCGGAGGGCAAGGCCGCGCUGGAGGCCGCGGCGCGCGCGGAGGAGCGGCUGCGCACGGCCCUGGAGGCGGCGCGCAGGGAGCUCGAGGAGGGCAAGGGCGAGGCCGAGGGCGCGGCGGCCCGCGCCGCCGGGGAGGAGGCCGAGGCUCGCCGGCGGAGGUCGGCGGCCGAGGGGCUGCGCGAGGAGAACGCGCAGGAGCGGCGGGCGCAGGACGAGCUGCGGGAGGUCUCGGCCGCGCUGCGGGAGCAGGAGGCCCUGCUGCGCGGCGGGGUGCUGGGCGUGCAGGUGGCCGACCGCGCCACGCCGUUGGAGAUCCUGGCGGAGGCGGCGGCGGAGCGGGAGCAGGCCGAGCGGCGGGCCGCGCAGGCGGCGGAGGAGCUGCGCCAGGCGCGGGCCGACGUGGGGGCCUUGAGGGAGGCGGCCGAGAUCAGGGAGGCGGCCGCGGGGGAGAGGAGGGCGAUGCACGAGGAGAUCCGCAGGGUCCGGAGGCAGCGGAGGGAGGCCGGCAGGAAGUUGCAGCGCGACGCCGUCGUCCAGGACGCCGUGGCGGAGCGAGAGGCGGUGGCGCGGGAGGCCGCAAGGGUCCGCUCCCACAUCGAGAGGCUGGAUCGCGGCGAAGACGUGCAGCGCUUUGGUGCCGUCGAUGCUGCUGCGGAGCCACCGGGCGACCAGGCGCAGGGCGGCGGCGGCGUGACCGAGGCCGACGAGUCGGAGGAGCUGCAGGCUCUGCGCCGAAGGGCCGAGCAGCUCGAGCUGGACUGCUCGCGACUGCGUGUGCGCUGCUCCGCGCUGGACUCGAGGCAGAGGGCCGCGGUGGAGCUCCAGGGCUCGCUGGCGGGCAAGCGCGGCCUGCGUCGCGUCUGCUUGAAGUGGCUGCUGCAGCAGCUGGGCCGCCCGCUGGAGGCAGAUGGGGACGAGCAGUACCAGAGCCACCUGCCCGCCCCUCUCCUGGCAGAGACGAGCCAUGGCCCCAGCAGCGCCGCGCUCCUGCCCGCGCCGGCGGAACCGGACCACGGCGCGGCCGACCAGGAAGGCCGAGGCCUUUUAGAGGGUCCGCCCGUGCCAGCAGAGACGGACCAGGGCGCCGACGACCUGUGCGGCGCAGGCUCCUUGGAGGGCUUGCAGGUCGCGCAGGCAGGGACAACCCACGGAGCCGCCGAACUGCUGGAGGAAGCGCUGAGACCUGCAGCGACGGACCAAGGCGCCGCCGACCCAGACGGCCCAGGCUCCGAGGGCCUUCUCGCGCCUGCCAGGACGGACCAGCGCGCCGCUGACCCAGACGCCCUGAGCACCUCCGAGGGUCCGCCGGUGCCGGCAGGCACGGACCAUGGCGCUUCCGACCUUCACGGCAUUGGUUCCCUGGAGGGCUUGCAAGUAGUGCGGACAGAAACACCCCACGAAACCGCAGGCCCAGCUGGCACGGGCAUGUUGGAGGGCCCGCCCAGGCCGGAGGGUCCGCCCGUGCCAGCAGGGACGGACCAGGGCGCCGCCGACCCUCACGGCGCUGGCUCCCUGGAGGGCUUGCAAGCAGUGCAGGUAGAGACAGUCCACGGGGCCGCCGACGCAGACGGCCCAGGCCCCGAGAGCCUGCUCGUGCCUGCAGAGACGGAUCCUGGCGCCGCUGACCACGACGCCCUGGGGGCCUCGGAGGGUCCGCCGGUGCCAGCAGGGACGGACCAGGGCGCCGCCGACCCUCACGGCGCUGGCUCCCUGGAGGGCUUGCAAGUAGUUCGGACAGAGACACCCCACGGAGCCGCAGGCCCAGACGGCACGGUCACGCUGGAGGGCCCGUCUGGACCGGCAGGGACAGACCACGGCGCCGCCGACCCAGACGGCCAAGGCUCCGAGGGCCUACCAGCGCCGACAGAGGCAGACCCGGGCGCCGCCGACGCUGACGGACGCAGAAGUUUGGAGGGUCCGCCCGUGCCAGCGGGGAGGGACCAGGGCGCCGACGACCCAGAGGGCUUGCAAGCAGUGCAGGUAGAGACACCCCACGAAGCCGCCGUCUCAGACGGCCCAGGCCCCGAGGGCCCGCCCCGGCCUGCAGAGACAGAUCCUGGCGGCGCUGACCCAGAGCCCCCGGGUAUUUUGGAUGGUCCGCCUGUGCUAGCUGGGACGGACCAGGGCGCCGCCGACCCUCACGGCACUGGCUCCCUGGAGGGCUUGCAAGUUGCACGGGCAGGGACACCCCAUGGAGCCGCCGACCAAGACGGCACGGCCACGCUGGAGGGCCCGCCCCGAUUGGCAGGGGCAGACCACGGUGCCGCCGACCCAGACGGCCCGGGCUCCGAGGGCAUGGCAGCGCCGACAGAGGCGGGCCUUGGCGACACCGACCUGGACGGCCGCAGCAGCUCGAAGGGCCCGCCCGUGCCAGCAGGGACGAACCGGGGCGCCGCCGACCCUCGCGACGCUGGCUCGCUGGAGGGGUUGCACGAGACCCCCCCCGGAGCCGCCGACUUGGACGGCCCGGGCGCGUCGGAGGGCCCGCCUGGACCAGCAGGGACAGCCCACGGUGCCGCCGACCCGGACGGCCAGGGCUCCGAGGGCCUGGCAGCGCAGACAGAGACGGACCCUGGCGCCGCCGUCAUGGACGGCCCCAGCAGUUUGGAGGGACCGGCAGGGACGAAUCAGGACGCCGCCAGCCCGCACGGCAUUGGCUCCCUGGAGGGUUUGCAAGUGGUGCAGGCAGAGACGCUCCCCGAGCCCUGAUUCGGACAGCAGGGGCACGUUGGAGGACCCGCCCGGACCUGCAGGGACAGAUCAGGCCGCCGCCGAAUAUGGGGUCGGGCGGCCUGGACGCCGGCACGGGUGAGGGAAAAAGCGGUGCAUGUAUCAAGGACGCUUCAGGCGAAUUGUUGCCACCCCUUGCCUUCUGGCCAAACUUUGGGCCAGAGUUCGCCCAAUGGAUUGGGCUAUGUGUUGCCCCAGUCUUUGGCUCCCCUGUGAACGUCGCGGUGGGCAGCAGCUUGCCGGUGUGACGAGGCAGCGGUUGAAUUCCCACGGGCCCGAUCCCGAUCCCGAUCGUCCCU